AUGGCAGAGCAAAACACCCGGCUGAUGGAGAUGAUGCCCGAAUCUCUGGCCUCCAACAUCCGGGAGUUCGUCUACGAUCCAGACAACGGGCUCGUUUUUGACCGGUGGUACGAAGACCUUUUCCUCAAGGACGGAGCGAAUUUGGACGAUGCGGCGAAAGUGCGGUUGCUGUUGAGAAGCCUCAGCGUGACGGUGCACGACAAGUACGUCAACUGCGUGCUCCCAAAGCACCCCCGUGAGUACUCGUUCGAUGAGACGGUGAAGAAGCUGACAGAGCUGUUCAGCGUCCGAAUCUCCCUGUUCAGCAACCGGUACCAGUGCUUCCAGCUAACGAACGCUGGGACGGUCAACCGAUGCUGUGAAGACUGCGAACUCAGCAAGAUCACGGCGGACCAAUUCAAGAGCCUGGUUUUCACCUGUGGGCUCCGAUCGUCGAAGGACGCAAACAUCCGAACCAGACUCCUAUCCAAGCUUGAGGCUAACGCGGCGGAUGAAUGCACUCUGGAAUCACUCAUCACGGAGUGCCAACGUCUGCAAAACCUCAAGCACGACACGGCCAUGGUGGAACACAAGAAAUCGGUGAGUACAAUCUGCGCAGUCAAGCAGAACAAGCCUCCACCGAUGACACCGAGUUUCAAAGAGAAGAAGAAGUCGAAGUCCGAAGGUCCAAAAACACCCUUCUGGCAGUGUGGCGGAAUGCACUACGUCCGGGACUGCACCUACACGAAGCACGUUUGUCGGGACUGCAAGCAAACCGGCCACAAAGAAGGGUAUUGUGGCAGCUACACAUCGAAGGCGGCACUCAAGAAGAAGAAGCACGUGAACGGAAUUUUCUCCAUCAACCAGGUCAGCUGCACUUCUAGACGGAAGUUCCUAAUGGUGGAAAUCAACGGGUCUCAAGUCACUCUGCAGUUGGACACCGCGUCCGACAUCACCAUCGUUUCGAAGAAGCACAUCAACGUGAUCGGUCUGGACUGGAUCGAGCUGUUCAAGCUGUGGGACACCCCGCUAUCUGCAAUCUGCAACCAGGUCCACGUUGCCGAUGGUCAAGUGAAUCAAAUCCAAGUGUACAAAGCUACGUAUCUCGAAGUAUUCAAGAACGGCCUCGGACACUGUAAGAACAUGAAGGUCCGACUCUAUCUCAAGCCCGAUGCCAAACCCGUUUUCAAGCCGAAGCGCCCAGUUCCUUUCACGUCCAUGGAGAAGAUCGAUGCAGAGCUGGACCGACUUCAAUCGCUGGGCAUCAUCACGCCUGUCGAUUUCUCGCAGUGGGCGGCUCCGAUCGUCGUAGUGAAGAAGACCGGAGGAAAAGUACGAAUCUGUGCCGAUUACUCAACUAGACCGAACGCUACCCUGGAGCCCAACCAUUACCCGCUACCGGUCCCUGAUGACAUCUUUACCAAGCUCAAUGGGUGCCGGUAUUUCAGCGUCAUCGACCUGAGUGACGCCUAUCUUCAAGUGGAAGUUGACGACGACUCGAAGCAGCUGCUCACAAUCAACACCCAUCGAGGUCUCUUCCGCUUCAACCGGCUCGCAUCAGGAGUAAAAUCCGCUCCCGGGGCCUUCCAGCAGUUGAUGAACAGCAUGGUUGCCGAUCUCGAAGGAGUGGACACGUUUGUGGACGACAUCUUCGUGGCCAGCAAAACCGAAGAGGAGCACCACAAGAUGCUCAACGCACUGUUUCAACGCCUUCAAGCCUACGGUUUUGUUCUGAGGGAAGAAAAGUGCAACAUUUUGCAGCCGGAGGUAAAGUAUUUGGCGCACAUCGUAGACGGUCUCUGUACAGACCCAUCCAAGGUGGAAGCCAUUGUCAAGAUGCCCCCGCCCAAAGAUGUCACAGCUCUACGCUCGUUCCUUGGUGCGGUGAAUUUCUACGCGAAGUUUGUCCUGGAGAUGCACCAACUGCGGUGGCCUCUCGACGCGCUGCUGAAGAAGGAUGCCAAAUUCGUUUGGAACAGCGAGUGCCAGAAAUCGUUCAGGCGCUUCAAGGAAGUACUCCAGUCGGAUUUGCUUCUGACACACUACGAUCCGUCACUAGACACCAUAGUUGCUGCUGACGCCUCGCAGUCCGGAAUCGGUGCCUGCCUUCUACACAGGUUCCCCGAUGGCUCACUCAAAGCUGUUGCACACGCUUCCCGCUCACUCACCCCUGCGGAGGCAAAUUACGGACAGAUCGAGAAGGAAGGUUUUGCACUGGUACGGAUCAUCAGCACGGAUUCGAAGACACCGUGUAAGGUUCCGCUACAGUCGUCGCCACUCGCUCAACCUCCCUGGGAGCGUAUCCACAUCGACUUCGCCGGCCCAAUCAACGGUCUGCACUUCCUCAUAGUGGUGUACGCCUUCACGAAGUGGCCGGAAAUUCGUAUCGUUCGAUCCCCGACAACAUCAGCAGUGACCGAGUCCCUCGACGAGCUGUUUGCCCGUUUUGGCGUUCCCAACGUCAUAGUCUCCGACAAUGGAACGCAGUUCACGUCAGAACAGUUCGCGGUUUUGUGCAGGAAGAACGGCAUUCAGCAUUUCCAGACACCGCCAUAUCACCCACAGUCCAAUGGCCAGGCGGACAGAUUUGUGGACACCUUCAAGAGGUCUUUGCGCAAAAUCAACGAGGGGGAAAGUAUCUCGGAAUCGCUCCAGACGUUCCUCCAGGUCUACCGAACCACUCCCAGUCGUGUUCUGAAUGGCAGAACUCCUUCGCAGCUGAUGCUUGGUCGAAACAUCAAGACGGUUCUCGAUCUCCUGCAUCACCAACAACCGAAGCCAGUGGUUCUCAAUCAACGCCAAGACGAACAGUUCAACCGGAAGCAUGGCGCAACUCCUCGUGGCUUCCGAAAAGGCGACAUGGUCUACGCCAAGGUCUACCGCAGCAACACCAAGUGGCAGUGGGCACCCGGCGUAAUCAUCGAGGUCAUCGGACGGGUCAACCACAACGUGCUACUGGACGAUUGGCAUGGACGGAAGAAGCUCAUCAGAUCGCACUCCAACCAGCUCAAGCAUCGUUCCAGUGAAGCAACAACCGGCGCAGCAGAUUCCACACCACUGGGUAUCCUGGUGGACAUGUUUGGAAUUCAAUCUCCUGGACCAGCAGUACAACCCGCUCAACAAGGUCAAGCCGAGCAGGAACCACUUCCUGUUCCAUCGACGUCCAACGUCCGAUCCCAGGUCCAGCCACGAACCGAGGUGCAAGUAGUGCCAGCGGUUUCCAACCAAGAAGUCGAAGCAGGUUCCAGUCAACUCGAUGAUGUUCCCGAACGCGGUCGCAUCCAGACCGACCAACCAGAACCGGAGCAUGAAGAAGAUAACCAGCCACCUAUAGAUCCCGUUCCAGAACCACCAUCGGUCCGGCCACAGAGAGUGAUCCGGAUGCCGUCCAGAUUCGAGCCGUACCUGUUCUUGAAAUAA